AUGAACUCUUACUUAGAUUAUACCAUUUGUAACCGGGGGACGAACAUAUUCAAUGCCAAUGCCGGAUACCACAAUUUAAACCAUGGAUAUAUGUCCUCCUUAUCGUCCAAUUCAUGCGCAACAAGUGAUAGUUUCGGGUCCGAUGGGCGGUUAGUUGGUGGUUCAUCGGUGCACCAGACUUCGAUCCACCCUCUCCACCAGCCCCAGCUACAUCAUAUAGAUCUCCAAUUUGGCUCAACGGGAAACUCGGUGUAUGGCUCACCAACAGGGCCAAUCUUGGACUAUGGACCUCAUCAAUACGCUCUAAUUCAUGAACAAGAACGAGGUUUCAUUCAGUCGCCUGGGAUUCCUGUGUCAGCCAUUGGAACGAACAUGCCCCCCCUGGCCGAGGGGAACAGUGAACCAGGGUCUGCACCAAACAGCCAGUAUCUGCACUUCAGCAGUGGAGAACAGGGGCAACAAGAAUACUUGGAGAGUAUUUACUCGAGAUUAGUUCCUUCCCAAUAUAGUGAUAAGGAUUCGGAUGAUUGCAAUGCAGAUCAAACUUCAAAAACGUUCGACUGGAUGAAAGUUAAGAGGAAUCCCCCUAAAACAGGUUUGUAGCUCCUGUGACAUGGUCAUAAAUAACACUGUCAUGACAAAGGCUAAUUUAUAGACAACAUUAAAAAAUAUAUACAUAUAUUUAGAGGAAAUUAUACAGAGACACUGCCUAAUCAAUGUUUGUGCUUUAGACGUUAGUGGGUAAAAUGUGCCGUGGUGCGUAAAAUAAAUGAUCAAAUAUUGAAUGUGUUUGCUUGGCUGCUCACAAUCAUCACAUAAUCAUAAUACAGUUUAUUUCUGUUUUCAUUCCUUCAUUCAAAAUUCCAUUUAUUCCAUCAGUUCCUUCAUUCAUUCAUUAACUUUUACAGUUUCAGAAUAUGGAGUCCCUGGUCAACAGAAUGUAAUCCGUACCAACUUCAACACAAAGCAGCUAACAGAGCUCGAGAAGGAGUUCCAUUUCAACAAGUACCUGACCAGGGCCCGGCGAGUGGAAGUUGCCGCUAUUCUCGAGCUCAACGAAACUCAAGUGAAAAUUUGGUUUCAAAAUCGCAGGAUGAAGCAGAAAAAGCGUGAGAAAGCAGGCACGGUCUUUAUAAACACAGCAGUACCGGCAAAUGAUUUGGGAGAGAUCACCGCAUCUCCUGAUGUGUCACCAAACUCGAAUACCACAUAA